AUGGUACUCCCUACACCGGGAUGGCAUACAGAUGAACUGGCAGAAGAAUGGCCAGAAAGUUCGCCUUCACCACCUGCCGCACCGGUAGAUUUACCUCCUAUACCUCAAGCAACGACAAAUAUGGAUUCGGUAAGAGCUAAAAGGGGUUCAUUGAGGAUGUUAGGUCAAGCUUCAGCUAGGCCUUUGCCUCCUUCUAGAAGUGCCAGUGUGAGCUCAGCUGGUACGCAGCCUGGAAGGAUGAAUUCGGGUCAUAAAGAAAUUGGGAAAGGUUAUCUGACUAGAUCAACUUCUUACAACGAGAAUGGUUUACUAUCUCCCCCUUCUUCGAGAUCCUCAUCAAGUACAGGUCAAGAAGAUGUUCAAGGUGGGGUUGGUACUUGUGUAGUAAAGGAAGGCGUGGAAGAUAACAGAGGUCAACAUCUAGCUAGAAAUCCAAUGGGACCUAAAGGUGGUAAAGAUAUAUUUGGAGCAUUACCUCUGGAAAGAAUGUUUGAUCCUCCUUCACCACCAACUGCCGUAAGCAAUAUACCGCCGCCACAGCCAACUCCUCUUGAAUCAAUCACAGAAUCGCCAUCACCAAUAUUUACCCCUACUCCUGCCUCACAAAUGCAUACUCGUAAAGCUUCACAUCCUUAUGCACCUGCAAACCCAUCACGAUUAAGCAAAUCGGUUACUCCCUCUUCCAAUGACUCUUUCACUACCGUCUCUUCCGCCGCUGGAUCACUCCCUCAGAGCCAUGUCGUCGACCGAGAUGCAUUUGGAGAAGAAGCUGAUUCUCUCAUUCAUGAUGAAACCAUAUUACGGGAUGAAGAAGAUGAUUCAGCUUUACCUGGAGAUGGGGAUUUCUAUACCGCUCCUCAAGGUGAAGACGCUACAUCCAAACAAGCCCGUCUAGGCGAACUAUCACUGCGGUCAGGAGAAGUAGAAACGGAUAUGUCACCAUUCAAUCGACGUGUUUCUGGGGAUUACCCGUUCACUUUCAAUGCCCCUCGACAUCCCUCAGAGAGCAUUUCACCGGAACGAUAUGAGUCAGAAAGAUCAAUAUUUGCUCCAGAAAAUCACGCGAAUGGAGAAGGACCAUCUCACUCAACAUUGAACAACAGAACAAAAUCCGAGCAGACUCAAUCUAGCUCGAGAGGAGUUUCCAACCAAUCUUCAAAUCCAGGUCUGAGGUUGUUCAGAAGCACAUAUGAUACCUACACAAGAGAACACCUUUCUGCUCUUGUGGAUAGUAUAGCCAUCGAACCCUCCCCAUCGCCACCUACAAUGCCCAGCGCAAGAGGGUUGAAUGAGUGGUCACCUGCUGCAGACAAUUCUGCUUCACCUUCUGCAUCUGGUUCUCGAUCUACCCCGUCAAGCGGAAGUCUUUCUUCCGAUGCCAGAUCUUCUAAAAGGCUCAGGCUUUCGCCACCUUCCCCACCAAAGAGAGUCCCUGGUUUGAGAGACUGGGGCGCUCAAGGCAAAGCAAUGAUGGACAAGAUCAGAGGGCGAGAUACAGCCGAUGAGACAACUACCAGCGCAAGCAGGAGUCGAACGACGGCUAGCGAUGCCCAAGACCAACAAUUAGAUGAGGGACCCACUAUUGAUUACGCAGCCUUACCACCUACUCCACCCCUUGAUCAACCACUUUCCCGUCUACCGAUUGACCGAGCUACACACCGCUCGAACCCUUCCACCACCUCUUCUGCCUACUUGCGAGCAGCAGAAGAUAUCAUGGCACGUAUCAAAUCUCGUAAAGUAUCUGAAUCUGCUUCUGGGGUGGAGAGCAGUCCGAACGCUAUAGGUGGACGACGAAUCCUUUCUGAAUCGGACGAAAAUCAGAUGUGGGAGGAAGGAGGCGAUGAAUAUUCCAAAUCUCGGUCAAAGCCAAAAUCGAAGACUGGACCUAGUCCUCGACGUAUGCUUAGACGCCUCAGCGCUUCAGAAGAGAUAAAACGAGUUACCGAAGCCGACAGCGGAAGUAGCGAUGAACAACCUUUACGAACAAGUCUACCAAGACCUCGACAACAAUUGGAAGAAAGGAGACCGACAAGUAGAGCAUCAACUGACAACACUAUGGGUGAAUCACAACUUCCAGCACCAUUCAACGCGGAUGACUUGAAUCGCUACAUGUCUACAUCUACUCAUGCUACUUCGACAACGGUCUCAACUUCCUUUGUGAAACAUCGUGGACCUAAAGCAGCUGCCGGGCCUGGUCAUGGACUGAGGAUGAUACGCCCUGAUGAUAUUCAAGGAGUUGUCCCUGAUCGAAUAGGGAAGAUGAGGUUCGACAGAGCUGGUAUGAGAUGGGUAAGGGAAGAGCUUGGACCAGUUGAUGAAGCUGGAGAAAGCAGAUUAGGUGGUAGUGAAGAAAGUGUGGAUGUUUUCGCUGGAAUGGAAAGUUUACCUGACGAAGGGACAAGGAAUAACCAACAAAUUGAAUGCAUUGAACAAGAAAUCUCAAGAUUCAGUCUCAGCUCCGCAUCCUCAGAUAAUGGAGAUAUUAUCAUUCAUAAUGCGAAUCAUACACAGAUAAUGGACGAUGACGAAUCAGGGUCAGAAUCAGACCUCGAUGAACCUACUGAGGUACCUCAAGUUCGACCUUCUGCUCCAGGCCCAACAGACCACACUUCACCUCACCGGCCAAUUAUUUAUCAUGCUUCUUCCGCACCGGCUGUUAUGACUCCCACUCCAUCUGCAUAUGCGCCAAGGCCUAUUCGGUCGGCACUGCGAAAUGUUCUUACCCCGGGGGGAGCAUUCAAGAAACGUACCGGAUGGUCAGAUGAGGUGACUCCAGCUGGUACCAGAGGCGCUACUCCUGGAAGUAGUGGGAAGCGAUCAGUUAGCUUUUCAGACGGGAAGAAAUCUGGAAAGAUCGUUAAUCUCGAAGUCGAGAUCAAAGCUACCAGAUGGACUACCGACGCCUCAGAUUUGUUCAACGAGGAUCCGAGUGGUCAUGGAAAUCCAGAAGGAAGUAAGAGUUUCUUGCCCAGUGCACGAACGAAAAGGAUUCAAGGCAUAUUAGAGGAUAUGGAGGAAAUAAGUCUAGAAGAUGAAACGCCUUCCAAGCCUUCGAGAGUGACAGAAAGACCUACUUCUCACAAUUCUUCGGUUCAUUCAUCGGACUCAGAAUCAACGGUUCCAAUUCGAUCAUUCCGCGCCGGACGAUCGUUCAAUAGAGGUCAUACACCUAGAAAUCCAGGAGACGCCACUUUCUUGACUGAAUGCUCAUUUGGCGUAGCUCAUGACAAGCUGGUAGAGUUGAUAACCGAUGUACAUCCAUUUGAAGCUCACUGGGAAGAAUUGAAAGGUAUAAACUUGAAAGGUAAAGGAGCAGAUAGUGUUGCCAGAUUGAAGGAGUUCUUACCUGCAUUGGACGAAGCCAAUCUGGACGACAAUACGAUAUCAUAUCUCAGUGGUAUACCCUCAACAGUACGGAAUUUGCAUGUCGCAGGUAAUAAACUUACCAGUUUAACCUCUGUCAAUCAUCUGAGAAACUUGCAAUAUCUUGAUAUUUCUAGGAACCAGCUUGACAGUGUCGCACAAUUGCAAUGCUUGAAACAUCUUCGGGAACUCAAGGUGGAUAAUAAUUCCGUAACGGAUCUCUCAGGAAUAAUGGAUAUGGACUGUCUGAUCAAGCUCUCGUGUGCCAACAAUCAAAUCGAAAGCUUGGAUUUGAGCAACGCUAAGUGGGCGAAGAUGGAAACCCUCAACGUAGCCAGUAAUAAGAUUAGAUUCGUGCGGGAUUUGCACAAGCUAACAUCCCUCGCCUCUUUCAAUUUAGAUGGAAACCGGCUUGAACACCUCGCUCCGACUCGACCCAUGAUGAGUAUUCGAGUACUUCGAUAUAGUGCGAAUGAUAUAGAUCAUUUCGAUUUAUCGUCAUUCCCUAAAAUUCGAACGUUAUAUGCGGACGGUAAUAAGCUUAGUCAUCUUUCAAGAUCAGAUUCUUCUUCGAGCAACGGUAGAUUGGAAAACCUGUCUUUGAGAAAUCAGCGAUCAACAAGCUUACGACUGACAGCGAAAGACUUGGAAAAUGUCAAACGACUAUAUUUGUCUGGUAAUUCGUUAUCAACAGAUUUCUUCCCUUCUAAACCACUAUAUGCCUUGGUCUAUCUAGAAGCUGCUGCUUGUCGUUUAUCAAAUUGGCCAAAAGAUUUCGCCAAGAAAAUGCCUAAUCUGAAAGUUCUCAAUGUCAACUACAACCAUCUACCCAAUCUAGAUGGCGUAAAGGGACAAAAAGGAUUGAGGAAAUUGACUCUUGUAGGUGGACGAUUAGGCAGUGAAGAUUCAAAUGGUAAAAAGGUGUUGGAAGGAUUGAAAGGAUUAACAAGUUUGGAAGAAGCUGAUUUCAGGAUGAAUCCUUCAACGUUAUCAUAUUAUUUCCCAUUGAUGUUACCGUCUGCAUCGGCUCAAUCAGCCUUGGAUCCAUCAAAACCAGUCUCGGCGGCCCCUGCGUCAACGUGGACCUCAUAUGAUGCUAGGUUCAGAAAGAACCUACCGGAUGAAUGGUAUUCUCAGCGAUUGGUAUACAGGGGUCUUGUAAUGCACGCUUGUCCCGCCUUGAACAAGUUGGACGGUGUGGGAAUUGAAGAUGGGGAAAAGAAGAAAGCAGGGGAACUAAUCAAAGCUGCUUUGAGACGAUGA